CAGCUGCUUCCGGUUGUAACAUGGAUCUUGUUUAAACGCGACUCUAUGAGAUACGUGGCAAGAUUGAUUAUGAAUUAUGAAAAACUAAUAUCGAUCACUUACUACGGUCAUUAACGAAUUCGUGAUUUGACGAGAUUCGCGCCUUUACAUGACGUCAUCGGUUCAGUAACCUCGAAGCGACGGCUAGCUGUCUCGUGAACUAGCCAAACAAACACUCAAAGAUAAACCUUUUACAGUCUGUGAGAUAAACUCGAGACUGUGUUUAUUAUCAGUACGUGUUCAUGUUUCGGAGAAACUGAUUGACAUCGCUGGCAGAUCUCGUGAAGGACAGUCAUGUCUGCAUCUGUGGUCAUCAAAGAUGUGUGUGUGCGCGGCCCCGGCGACGGCAUGGAGAUGCACAGGCCCCCGGAGGCCCCGCUCCCGAAGCUGGCGUCCCCGAAGCCCAGUCCCAGAUCUCCGGCGCCUCCGGGGGUCCUGCACCUGGGCAAGGUGAGCCGGGACGUGUGUGUGGAGCUGGAGUGUGUGAGGAUCGUGGUCCCCCGGGCCGCCAUCAGCCGCUGCGCUCGCGCCGGGCCCUACGCCGAGGACCGCGGGUCCCCUCAUCACCACGGGGACGAGCCGGAGCCAGAGCCGGUGGACUACAGGAUCCUCCUGGAGAAACUGCAGAACUCGGAGCGCCGGCUCCUGCAGGAUAAAGAGGGCCUCUCCAACCAGCUGCGGGUCCAGACCGAGGUGAACCGAGAGCUGAAGAAGCUGCUGGUGGCGUCGGUGGGCGAUGACCUUCAGUAUCACUUUGAGCGACUCUCGCGAGAGAAGAACCACUUGAUCCUGGAGAACGAGGCGCUGGGACGCAGCCUGACACACACGGCCGAGCAGCUCGAGCGCAUGAGCAUUCAGUGCGACGUCUGGAGGAGCAAGUUCCUCGCCAGCCGUGUGAUGGCAGAGGAACUGACCAAUGCCAGAGCAGCUCUACAGCGGCAGACCAGAGACGCUCAGUGUGCCAUUCAGGAUCUGCUGCGAGAGCGAGACGAGUUCUCCAGAGACAUGCUGCACACACACAGGUCUCUGGAGCAGUUGCUGGUGUCACUACAGUGGGGUCGACAGCAAACCUACUAUCCCAGCGCGCAGCCGCUCAGCACCGGAGAACUGGCCUCAGCCAAUCACAAGCUUGCAGACGCCAUUAACUCACACCUGCUGGGGAACGUGGGCGACAGCGGCGGCCCGAAGAAGAGCCGGAGCCAGAACCAGAACCGGAGCUCAGAGCUCUGCAACACGCCGGCCGAGAAGAUGGCCGAGAAGGUGCUGCGGAGUCUCGACCCCAUUUCCUGCUCUGACCAGGAAGUGGACACAUCACCGACUGACCCCCAUCAUUCCCACUUCCUGCCCAGCAAGAAGAGCAUUGGCCGCUUCCACCCGUACACGCGCUACGAGAACAUCACCUUCAACUGCUGCGAGCGCUGCCGCGGGGAGCUCACCGUGCUUUAGCCGUCAGACGCUAGCGCUAAUGCUAGUGCUUCAGGUGCCGAAGACAAACCCCUCGAUCACACACAUACAUCAGAAUGACCUCAGACCUGACGCAAGCUCACUGUGCUGCAGCCGUCAGACGCUAGUGCUAAUGCUAGCGCUUCGGGUGCUAAAGACAAACCCAUCGAACCCACAACGUGUGUGAGGUCAGAGAUGGAGCUGUUCGAGGUUUGUUCACUCCUGUAUGAUGGUAUUUCUUCACUCACAAGAUGUGUAGCAGAACACAGUGAAAGUGAACACACACACACACACACACACACACUAUCUUCUAAAGAUGAGGCUGCUGAUUUUAAAAUAUAAAAAGUGCAAGGUGUGUUUUCAUGUCUUUAGUUUGAGGCGUGUGUGUGUGUGUAAUGCAGUGUUUCUGGAAUAUAAUGCGUGAUUGUGUUUACGUGGUUUCAUACGUCAUCAAUAUGGAUCCAGGUACUCGUGUUUUCUGUGAAUCAAAUCUUUGUUUUGAAUAAAGCAUUUUAGUGAUAUUUAAUCUUAUCAAAAUAAAUAAUUUGGAAUGACA